GAUUGAUGAUUUUGAGUGAGUUGAUUUAAUGUGUCGUCAGUCUAAUCUCACUCAGAAGGCGGAUUAAUGUUUCCAGUCAAUCCCGCUUCAGCGAAUCAACAGGAAAUUUCGUAAAAGUGAUGUCGUGAUGUUGACGCUCCUCACCGUUUGUUCUACAGCAUCGGUUUUCUCCGUCGUAUCGAUAUGGCCGUUUCAACAAGUCAGAAGAUCACCUUGAUCUCUUGCAUCGUUCUUUGUAUGUCUUUAUUUCUACCCAAAUUAUUUUUACCCAGAGUGAAGAAAGAAACAGCGCAGUCGGAGGUCGGACCAGGACAUUUUCCUCCCCCACGACACAGACAUUCAUUCUCUGAAGAUCAUGAUCACUGGGACACAGACUCUCAUUACAUCAAGCAUUACAACCCAGAGGCCAUUGCCAGAGCCAAAGGUGUUGGCAAGCCGAAUCUCCUGGGCCAGGUCAUCCCCGUCUAUGGCUUUGGGAUUUUCCUUUAUAUCAUCUACUUGUUCUUUAAACUGACCUCUAAGGACAAACCUCAUCGACAAGGUUGCAGAUUCCCUAUGCUGCAGUCAGAAUACACAUUUGAAGAGAUGCCUACUUGUCAGCUGGCACAAAUGCAGGCCAGAAUGAGUGAAAAAGCCAGAGAAAAGAGAAUAUCUAAAGUUGUCCACCCAUCUACCAGGUCACGCAGGGGCACACGGAGGCGUGAGGAGAAAAAGCUCAAACAGCUGAAGGAGAUCACCCAAAUGAUGCGGGAGAGACAGUUACGAGAGGAAGCUUCGCCAGAGGAGGAGGCCGAGGAGGCCCCCUACACUGCAGACUGGGAAGGCUAUCCAGAGGAGACCUAUCCAGAGUAUGACACGACCUCCCGCAGACGCAGAUUUCCUAGUGUUAUACUUGAAGAACCAGACCAAGUCAUACUCACAGCAGAGGAGCUUGCUGAGAGAAUGGAGAAGGAAGAAGAAGAGGAGGAGGAGGAUGAGCCUGAUGAGGAGGUGAAAGUGGAGAAUGAUGAAGGAGAAAAAGAAGAGGACGACAAAGAAGAAGAGGAAAAUGAAGAGGAUGAGGAUGAAGAUGAAGAGGAGGAGGAGGAAGAGGAAGAGGAGGAUGAGAUUCGAGAAGACCAGCCCUGUCUUCUUAAAAGUAUUGAUGAGGAUGAUGAGAAACUCGAGUACCCUGGUGAAAAUGAGGAGGAGCAGAAACCAAGCAGGAGAAGACGACAAAUCACUUUUAGCGAUCACAGACACGUCUUCCAUUAUCCAAAGGGUGGAGCUGUUGGCUGCAAGUAUGAGAAAGAGGAGGAAGAAGAACAUGAUGGAGAAGAAGAAGAGGAGGUGGAGGAUGAUGGGGCAGGGAAUGAAGAGGAAGAAAAUGGUGAUGAAGAAGACUGUGAAGAAGAAGAGGAAGAUCAACAUAAUGAAGAUGGGCAGAGUGAGACAGAGAAGGAGGAGGAGGAUCCUCUGAUGGAGGCCGAGAGCCUGGGAUUUAAUGAUGAAGUGGAAUGUGAAUCGGAGGAACAGGAAGUAGACCUCCUUGACUUCCUACAAACAUACCAACCUGAGGUAACUAUCAUCUCCAACAAGUCAGAAUCUACCAAAGCUCAAGCCUCUGGGACUCUUCGAAUGCGUCACAAGAAACAAAAGGUGAAGAAGUGACCAGCCUGGGAAAAAAAAACAAUAGUCUUGUGUUCGUUUAUCCUGUAGUUUAAACAUACCUUACUGUGUAUCUUUCUUGCUUUGCUUAAGGAAACCGUUUCUCUGUAACUAUCUAGGCUUUUCUGAGAUCUCUUUCAUCUGUUUCCAAGAACAGCUAGAGAAGAUUUUAGAGUAUGUUGUGUCAAAAAUGGACACUUUCAAGACCCUUUUUCCAAAAAAAGUCUUUGCCAAUAAAACAU